UGAACACAAUAUAACAAUAAACGCAUGAUCGACUUUACGCAUAUAUCUACCAUAAUCUUUAAACCGGAUGACAAUAUUUAAAGAGUAGCUAUAAGAGGAAGAAGUUUUAAAAUGAUUUUAAGGAUAUGUUGUUUAUUUGUCUUUAUACAGACGGUUGACAGUAUCAUGUGCUAUUUCUGCACGGAUACGAGCAAUUUAGAUGGACGGAAUCAAUGCCAGACGUGGCAUAGAACCAUGCGACAUUACCGAAGGAAGUAUGAAAAGACAGGCUCGUACACAAUAGAUAAAUAUGUGAAAAACUGUUCAGAAUAUGGUGGUAUAGACUCCCCGAAAUACUGCAUGGUUGCACAGAUCGACGAAGGAGAGCAUACACGGACAUUUAUAAGGGACUGCAGUGAUGGUACUUCAUUUUUCAGCGACGAUGUUGACGUUUAUCUACAAAACCAGAAAGUUAAACCCGACAAUCAGACAAGUUGUGAAGCAUUGACAUCUCUUGGAAUAACAGCCUGUGUAACUCUAUGUGGUUAUAAUGAAUUCGGUGUCGGAGACUUUUGUAACGGACCUUUUGACACCUCUAAAGGGUCAUCAUUUAACCGGAAUGCUGCACUGUUCUCAAUACUUGCAGCUUUGAUUUUCUUCAAAUAGUGUUUUGUUGACACGGCAUGUCUUUUUACAUCAUUUGAUUUUAGGAAUGAAGGAGGAGAAAGUUA